AUGCAAGGCGAGGCGCCAGCGCAAACCGUCAGCUCAUUAGGUCAAGCACUGCGAGCCGUCGGCGGCCUGACCAAGCCAAGUGGCAGAGGGCUGUUCAUGUUCCAAUAUCUACUGGCGGGGGGCUCGUCCGCCGCGAUCAUCGGCAUGCUUGGGGCCACGGUCAUGGGCUAUGCCUUCACGGCAGGCGCGGUGGGCUUUCUUGGUGGCUCCUGUGUUGGCUUUGUUCUGGGAAGCAUCGGUUACUACCGUACUUGUGCCCGGCAAAGCUUGGUUGCCUUCCUCAAGUACCCGGAUUUGCUCCGACACCAUAUUGCCAUUGACUUUGGUAUACACGGGGUGGACAAAGCCUCGCGGUUUUGGGGCACAGAUAUGCAGAAGACCAUGUGUGAUAUUCAGAGCGAUGUGGCUCUCCAAGGAAUGCUCGUUGCUGCUUGGCAUUCAGCAGUGCCGGCGAUCGAGGAAAUUCAAAGUCAGGAGGAGGCCCGCCUGGUGGCUAGCAAAGAGUAG